UGUUCCUCUCUCUCAAAAUCUAAGCCAAACCAUGUUCAAUUCUCAACCCUUCUCUUUCACUCUCACUCAACAUUAAGAUCCUUUUCUCUCCCACUUUCCCUCUCUUUCUCGAGAAAACAGGGAAGAAAAUCGAAACCCCAAUUUCAAUUUCAAUACCAUUUUCAAUUUCAGUUUCUUUUGGAUUACUCCGAUAGCUUCAAUUCAUGGCUGCGACAAAACCCCAACGCACUCCGCAGGAAGUGGAGGACAUUAUCAUCCGCAAAAUCUUCCUCGUCUCCAUAACAGAAAUCGAGAAGACAAGCGCAACGGAUUCAAGAAUCGUGUAUUUGGAGCUAACAGCUGCGGAGAUUCUCAGCGAAGGGAAGGAGCUUCGCCUCUCGCGGGAUUCAAUGGAGAGGGUUUUGAUCGACCGUCUCUCCGGAGACUUUUCUUCCACCACCGGUGAAGCCAGUGAGACACCGUUCCAGUACCUCAUCGGAUGUUACCACCGGGCGCACGAGGAGGGGAAGAAAAUUGCGAACAUGAAGGACAAGAGCUUGCGCUCGGAGAUGGAGGCGGUGGUGAGGCAGGCUAAGAAGCUCUGUGUCAACUACUGCCGGAUUCAUUUAGCCAAUCCCGAGCUCUUUCCGAGCCGGAAAUCUGCGGGUACCGACGCCAAAUCGCCGUUACUGCCGCUGAUUUUUGCGGAGGUAGGCGGCGGAAGCGUGUUCGGGGGAGGCGGUGGCGGGGUCAAGAGUCCGCCGGGGUUUCUGGAGGAGCUUUUCAGGGACCCGGACUUUGACAGCUUGGACCUGAUUCUGAAGGGGUUGUAUGAGGAGUUGAGAGGGAGCGUUAUGAAUGUGUCUGCUCUGGGGAAUUUUCAGGAUUCUCUGAGGGCUUUGUUGUAUUUGGUUAGGUUUCCCUUCGGUGCCAAGUCGCUUGUGAAUCACGAGUGGUGGAUUCCCAAAGGGGUUUAUGUGAAUGGCCGUGCUAUUGAAAUGACCAGCAUUUUGGGUCCCUUCUUCCAUAUUAGUGCUCUUCCUGAUCAGGCGUUUUUCAAGGGCCAGCCUGAUGUUGGGCAGCAGUGUUUUUCUGAUGCAUCAACUAGGCGACCAGCUGAUUUGUUAUCUUCAUUUUCGACUAUUAAAACUGUCAUGAACAACUUAUAUGAUGGGCUAGCUGAAGUUAUGCUCAUCCUUCUUAAAAGUACAGAUACUCGUGAAAGAGUACUUGAGUAUCUUGCGGAGGUGAUCAAUAUAAAUGCAUCCAGGGCUCAUAUACAGGUUGACCCUAUUACUUGUGCAAGUUCAGGCACCUUUGUAAAUCUCAGUGCUGUCAUGCUUCGUCUAUGUGAGCCAUUUUUAGAUGCAAAUUUAACAAAAAGGGAUAAGAUUGAUGCAAAAUAUGUACAUUACUCAAAUCGCUUGAAGAUAAGUGGGUUGACUGCUCUUCAUGCAUCAUCAGAAGAAGUUGCUGAAUGGCUUAAUAGUAAAAACCCAGCUAAGACUGGGGCAACCAAUCAAUAUAAUGAUGAUCAGAAACGCUUACAACAAUCCCAAGAGGCCAGUAGUUCUGGUAGUAAUAAUGCUGGUGAGCUCUCAAAUGAAAAUUCUGCACCAGCUGAAAAGACGAAAUAUUCAUUUAUUUGUGAAUGCUUCUUUAUGACCGCAAGAGUGCUCAACUUAGGCCUUUUAAAAGCAUUUUCUGACUUCAAACAUUUAGUUCAGGAUAUAUCUAGGUGUGAAGAUGCUCUAUCCACACUUAAAGCCAUGCAGGAGCGGGCACCCACUCCUCAGGCAGAAUUGCAUAUAAAUCGACUUGAGAAAGAAAUGGAGUUGUAUUCGCAGGAAAAAUUUUGUUAUGAAGCUCAGAUUUUGAGGGAUAACACACUUAUUCAAAAUGCACUUUCUUUCUACCGCUUGAUGAUUGUUUGGUUGGUUGGCUUGGUGGGUGGUUUCAAAAUGCCCCUACCACCAACUUGCCCUAUGGAAUUUGCUACCAUGCCUGAACAUUUUGUGGAAGAUGCCAUGGAACUUCUAAUAUUUGCUUCACGGAUUCCAAAGGCCUUAGAUGGAGUUGUGCUGGAUGAAUUUAUGAAUUUUAUAAUUAUGUUCAUGGCCAGCCCUGAAUUUAUUAAAAACCCAUACCUGAGAGCAAAGAUGGUUGAAGUUCUGAACUGCUGGAUGCCUCGUAGGAGUGGCUCAUCUGCAACAGCCACUCUAUUUGAAGGUCACCAACUCUCUCUUGAGUAUCUUGUGAGGAAUCUUCUUAAACUUUAUGUUGACAUUGAGUUCACUGGUUCUCACACACAGUUCUAUGACAAGUUUAACAUCCGCCACAAUAUUGCGGAACUCCUCGAAUACCUGUGGCAAGUCCCUAGUCAUCGCAAUGCUUGGAGACAGAUUGCUAAGGAGGAGGAAAAGGGUGUCUAUCUGAAUUUCUUGAACUUUCUGAUCAAUGAUAGUAUUUAUCUUCUGGAUGAAAGUUUGAAAAAAAUUCUUGAGCUAAAAGAAUUCGAGGCUGAGAUGUCUAAUACGGUUGAGUGGGAGCAACGACCAGUUCAAGAGAGGCAGGAGAGGACCCGGUUAUUCCAUUCUCAAGAAAAUAUUAUUCGAAUAGAUAUGAAGUUGGCAAACGAAGAUGUGAGCAUGCUUGCAUUUACUUCAGAACAGAUUACUGCUCCGUUCCUACUUCCUGAGAUGGUUGAGAGAGUGGCUAGCAUGCUCAAUUACUUCCUGCUGCAAUUGGUUGGUCCGCAAAGAAAAUCACUUAGUCUGAAGGAUCCUGAGAAAUAUGAAUUUCGUCCAAAGCAUUUACUAAAACAGAUUGUGCACAUAUAUGUUCAUUUGGCUAGGGGUGACACGAAUUCCAUCUUCCCAUCUGUCAUCUCAAGGGAUGGUCGAUCAUACAAUGAUCAGUUGUUUAGUGCUGCAGCCGAUGUCCUUCACAGAAUUGGUGAGGACGGAAGAAUUAUACAGGAAUUUAUUCAACUUGGUGCUAAAGCUAAAGUUGCUGCUUCGGAGGCCAUGGAUGCUGAAGCUACUCUAGGAGAAAUACCGGAGGAAUUCCUUGAUCCGAUUCAAUACACUUUGAUGAAGGAUCCAGUAAUUUUGCCUUCUUCAAGGACGACGGUUGAUCGUGCUGUGAUUCAGAGGCAUCUUCUUAGUGAUAGUACUGACCCCUUCAACCGUUCUCAUCUCACUGUGGAUAUGUUGAUUCCCAAUGUUGAGCUAAAAGCAAGAAUUGAGGAGUUUGUGAGGUCUCAAGAAAUGAAAAAACACGGUGAAGGGCUAAGCCUACAGAGUAACAAGGACACAAUUCAGACUACAAAUGGGGAAAUGUUGAUUGAUUAGGAAAAUACUAAUGAAUUUGUGCCAUCCACAUAAACUUAAUUGUUGAACCUUAUUUUCAUCCUAUUCAAUCUUUUUUGGAAAAUAUUAAGCUGUUAUUAGAAGUUGAAGCUGUAAAGAUAUUUGGAGAAUGGUUAAUGUAAAGCAGUCAUCCAAUUGAAUACCACGAUA